AUGGUCGCCAUGGGGGAGGUUUUGCGACCGCGGGCGAUGUUCCUGGCUGGGCUGGCCGCGGUGUAUAUCGCCGCCUUCGGAUCCCUCUACGUGCAGAUCCCCGGGCUAUACGGGCGCGAGGGGAUCCUGCCAGCUCGCCGGAUGCUGCGGCUCAGCGGGAAGGGGCUGUGGGAACAGCUGCGGGAUUCGCCCACGCUGCUGUGGUUCGGUCCCCGCCUGGGGCUGGACACGGAGCAGGGCAUGGAGCUGCUGUGCCUGCUGGGCAUCCUGGCGGCAUUCGGGGCGCUGCUCUGUGAUGCCAUGCGAGACUGCCUGGUGUUCGCCCUGCUCAGGAUGUUCUACCUGUCCCUCUACCAGGUGGGACAGGUAUUCCUGUACUUCCAGUGGGAUAGCCUGCUGCUGGAGACUGGGUUCCUGGCCGUGCUGGUGGCCCCCCUGCGCCUGCUGAGGUCGGGGUCCUCAGCCUGGAGACCGCAUGACGCCGUCACCUUCUGGGGAGUGCGCUGGCUCCUCUUCCGCCUCAUGUUCGCCUCAGGGGUGGUGAAGCUCACGAGCCGUUGCCCCACCUGGUGGGGGCUCACAGCACUGACAUACCACUAUGAGACCCAGUGCAUCCCCACGCCGGGUGCGUGGCUCGCCCAUCAGUUGCCCAUGUGGUUCCAGAAGCUCAGCGUGGUGGCCACCUACGUUAUCGAGGUGGCCGUGCCCCUGCUCUUCUUCGCGCCCCUGCGCCGCCUGCGCCUCUUCGCCUUCUACUGCCAGGUGCUGCUGCAGAUCCUCAUCAUCCUCACAGGCAACUACAACUUCUUCAAUGCUCUGACCAUCGUGCUGGCCUUGUCCCUGCUGGAUGAGGAGCAUGUGGGGUGCUGGCUGGGCCGGCCCCGCAAGAGGCACAGCUCUGCCUGGCCCCCCAGCCUGGGCUCAGUGCUGGCCACGCUGCUGGAGCUCAGCACCUACGGGCUCCUGCUCUACUGGACCGUGCGCUGCUUCAGCCUGGAGUUCAACUGGGACAAGAAACUGCUGGAUUCCAAAGUGGCUUUCACCUACCACGAGUUCACCACGUGGCUGCGGACGGUGACGCUGCCGCUGGUGGGGGUGGCCUUCCUGUCCCUAUCCUGGGAGAUUCUUGUGGCCAUGUACCGCUGUGCCUGCAUCCGCGGAUGCUUCUGGAAGUUCUGGGCCACCCUGCAGUGGGCCAUCAUGGCCACGGCCACCAUGGGCCUGUUUGCUGUCAGCCUGGUGCCCUUCACCUACAUCGAUCACGAGUCCAAUGGGAAGCUGUGGCCCGGGAUCCACCAGAUGUUUGGAGCUGUAGAGCGGUUCCAGGUGGUCAAUUCCUACGGGCUGUUCCGCAGGAUGACCGGCGUGGGCGGCCGGCCUGAGGUCAUCCUGGAGGGCAGCUACGAUGGGCACAGCUGGACGGAGAUCGAGUUCAUGUACAAACCUGGGAACGUGAGCAAAGCCCCGGCUGUGGUGGCCCCGCACCAGCCCCGCCUGGACUGGCAGCUCUGGUUCGCCGCCCUCGGGCCCCACCAGGGCAGCCCCUGGUUCAGCGCCCUGGUGCUGCGCCUGCUGCAGGGACAGCCUGACGUGAUCCGGCUGGUGCAGACAGAUGAGUCACAGUACCCAUUCCAUGCCCGCCCUCCCACCUUUCUGCGGGCCCAACUCUACAAGUACUGGUUCACAUCCCCCAGCGAGGCCAGCUCGGGCCCAGCACCGUGGUGGCGACGGCAGCACGUGCAGGAAUUCUUCCCUUCUGUGUCCCUGGGAGACCCCAGGCUGGAGUCCCUGCUCAGCCAGCACGGCCUCAAGGACAAGCCCCCUCUGCGGCACCGAGCUGACGCUGUCCUGCCGCGGUUCCUGAGCUCUGUUCGCCGCCUGUGCCAGCCCUUCUCGGGCCCCACCCUGCUCUGGUCCCUCUACUUGGUGGCCGCCACCGCGGGGCUACUGCGAGCCCUGGCUCGGCGAGCCCGGUGGGGGUCACCCCCAGCUCGGCACAAAGGGCCCCGGGAACGGGGCGAGCGUAACGGGGUGCGGGGCACAGAGGGGGCGAGGGGCACAGAGGGGUCAAGGGGCACAGACGGGGCACGGCCUGAGGGCCGGCACGGCAACAAGAGGAAGAAGUAGCCCCUGCAAGCCCCCCCAAAAACGGGGUGAGGGGGCGACUCCCCGGGUGGGGGGGCAGCGCUUGUUGGAGCCCGUGUGCCAGUUGCCUUCAGCCUGGUGUUGUGGCCAUGCGGGGUGGGGACACCUCCCCAGCAGUCCAGGGAUUCCUGGGGACCCCUCCCCAGCUGCUUGGAGCCCCCUUCCCAGUGUUUGGGGACCCUGCCCUACUGACCAGGAACUCCUUGAGACCUGACUCCAGUGCCCAAGGUGUCCCCACUGCCUGGGGACCCUGUUCCCCUGCCCCAGGACUCCUUGGAGACCCCUCCCCACUGCCUGGGGACCCUGUCCCACUGCCCCAGGACCUCUUGAGGAUCCCUCCAGGCCCCACAGCUGGGGGGAGGCUCAGCACAGGUCAGGGGCUCAGAGCAGGUGGGGGCUCUGUGCCCACGGGCUGGAGUAGUUUGGGCAGUGCCAGCCCCUCUGGUUACCCUGCCCAGCCCUUCAGGUCACUUUGGGGUCCCCACCCCACCCCCCAGCACACCUCUCCCCUCCCCAUGGGCUCUGCCCA